GUACCUCAGAAAAACCGUAGAUAGAUGGAAAGGCGGGAUUAGGGUUAGAAAAUCCGAACCACCCAUGCGCUCUCGUGCGCUCCUUCAGAAUCCUCUAGCCCUUCAGCCGUAAACAGCGCGCGCAGUUCAUCAACCGAGACCACAGGCAUGAAGUCGUAAUGGACGGUGUAUUUCAUACGCUUUGGACAUCAGCUUUAUUCUUUCAAUGAACUGUGGUGGACUUGGUUAUGGACACGCAUGCCGCUAAUUGGUUGCAAACUGCUUUUGAAUUCGUCGUUCGUUCUUUUAAUUUUUCUGAAGAUUUGAUUUAGGUGCAAGAAAAGUAGUGUUUACUACGGGAGGCAUAAUGCAGCAAGAUCAAUUAACAUACUAUCUACACUUGAAAUGAAAAUGCGCCUUAACAUAUUUGCGUAAUACGUGGAGAAAAUAAAGCAAGGCAAUGGAGACGUUUACCACCCAUGAUAUGCUCAUAAAUACCACCGAUAUUUAUAAAAUAUUAUGUGGACUUGGAAUUGGGAACGUCUCAGAAUGUGAACCUGACGCCCCUCCGGAACCAAAAGACAUGAACCAGGCCGUGCGGAUCGCUCUGUACAGCAUCAUCUUCCUCCUGAGCAUCUUUGGCAACAGCCUCAUCAUCGCCGUGCUGGUGAGGAACCGGCGGAUGCGCACCGUCACCAACCUCUUCCUCCUGUCGCUGGCCGCCAGUGACCUGAUGCUCUGCCUCUUCUGCAUGCCCUUCACCCUCAUCCCCAACCUCAUGAAGGACUUCGUCUUUGGCAGCGCCAUCUGCAAAGGGGCCAUGUACUUUAUGGGGAUCUCGGUGAGUGUGUCGACCUUUAACCUGGUAGCCAUCUCACUGGAGCGCUACAGCGCCAUCUGCAACCCACUCACCUCGCGCGCCUGGCAGACCAAGUCGCAUGCCGCCAAGGUGAUCAGCGCCACCUGGGUGCUGUCCCUCCUGCUCAUGCUGCCCUACCCCAUCUCCAGCACGCUGGUGCCCUUCACCCGCGUCAACAACAGCACUGGCAACAUGUGUCGCCUCAUGUGGCAUAGCGAUGCCAUCCAGCAGUCCUGGUAUGUGUUUCUGCUGCUGAUUCUCUUCCUGCUCCCGGGGAUAGUGAUGACAUUGGCCUACGGCCUGAUUUCUCUGGAGCUGUACAGAGGAAUCAAGUUUGAGAUGGACAACAGGAAGGCAAACAGGGAAAGGGAGAGCAGCACGGGGAGCCUGAAGCCUGCCGAUUUUGAUGGCUGCUACUUCCAGCCCUCCAAGAAGCGUCGCUCCGACGUGACCCACCACCAGUCGGCAGCGCUGGUGAUCUCAUCCAGCAGCAGUAGCAGCGCUGCUGCGGGCGGUGGGGGUGGGGGUGGUGGUGGCAGCGGCGGCGGGGGCAAGGCCAAGGUGAGCCGCGUGUGCAGCAGCAACCCCACGGCCAACCUGCUGGCCAAGAAGCGCGUCAUUCGCAUGCUCCUGGUCAUCGUGGUGCUCUUCUUCCUCUGUUGGAUGCCCGUGUUCACGGUCAACGCGUGGCGCGCCUUCGACCGCCGCUCGGCCGACCGCCUGCUCUCGGGCGCGCCAAUCUCGUUCAUCCACCUGCUGUCGUACACGUCCGCCUGCGUCAACCCCAUCAUCUACUGCUUCAUGAACAAACGCUUCCGCCAGGGAUUCCUCACUACCUUCAGUUGCGGCACGGGCCGAGGAGGAAGAGCAGGAGGAGGAGCGGCGAGCGAGCGCACCGGUAGCCGGCGUAGUGUCCUGACCAUGACGGGUGGUGUCGGAGGAGGAGGAGGCGGAGGUGGAGGAGGGACGAACGAUAAUGGCCACGCACAGUCGAGUGGCAGGGGCUCGCUGACGCGCUUCAGCUACACCAGCAUCCGAGGCUCUGCCCAGGCCUGAGCCUGUCCAAGUGCAGUCCACCUUUACAAACACCAGACCCCCACCAGAACCCCAUCCAACACCCCCCCCCCACACACACACACACACACACACACACGCACGAACGAACGAACGAACGAACACAAGAACGCACUUCCCUUAUCUCUCUUUUUUCCUUCACCCCCCUCCCCCAUCUCACCACCAUACACGCACACACGUACGCAUGUACACACGUCCGCACACGCGCACACAGAUGACACACACACACACACACACACAGCAGUCACCGUUAACAACUUACUGGGUGUUUCUCUGCUCUCUUGCCGGCUGGUGGUGGCAGUUCAGUCAUCCCUUCACCUCCACUUGACUCAUGUCCCUCCCUCAGAGGGGCCUGUCUCUCCCAGUCUCUUGUGGUUCUGGCUGUGCGCUUGACGUUUUCCUUACAGUGCGCUCAGCCUGGCUUUAAGGCCAUGACUCACAGACCACAGGGCCAAGACUCUGGAAGCCGAACACUAAUACGGCCUGACACGGACUCUGCUGUUGUAAAUACAGAACCCUAACAUACUACUUGGCCCCUGUGUUGCCAGACUUAAGGCAGGACAGAUAGUGGGCUUCUGGCCUUUUAGGGGGCAUGUGGGGAUGCUUAAAAGCACAGAUUCUUUUCAGCCGUAAGGGAAGCGCUAGUGAGUGUGGAUUCAAGUCCUGUCUCCCACCUCUCUUUGUUACUUGUGCAGCCAUAGUGCAGACCUACAGUCGUGUUCUCUCGUUAAAGCUCAGUGGCUCAGUCCUCCCCUGGCAGCAAACACAUACACACACACACACACACACUGAAUUCGAGCAUCUUGUACACUAUUGCUGCUGCUUCCAGACCCUCCUACUAGCUGCCCAACCAUCACUGCCGCACAGCCUGUGAAAGGUGCUUUACUGUCGGGCUCUGACACUGUCCAGACGUCCUCCUGAAAGUGCGGCGCUAGCGCCUCCAAAUCCUUUUAAGAUCUCCAGAGAGCGCUGAGGCGUCAGCAGUCAGCAGACACAUAGACAGACAGAUAGCUGUGCACGGCCACACCGAAUACUUGAGGCCAUGGCGCAACAAAUACUUUCCCAUCAUUAGAUUCCCUCAUAACACUUUCAAGCUAAGCUGCUAAUUACAUAACACAGGCAAGAAUAGUCAUCGGUGGACAUUGCCUUGCUUUCCUGCUGCAUAUUUGAGACAAAAAUUUGUGGCCAGUAUUAAGGGAACCUGACAAAAAUGUGUAAACAGGUUUUCAACAGAUCUCUACUCUACACUAUUGUUAAAGUAUAUGCCAUCACUUUUUGUUCAGGAAUGGCAGUCUAAGUGCAAAAAGUUGUAAGUGCUCUUCGGUAUAUGUUGAAGAUUCAUCAUGUUUGUGCAAGCUCAACCACUGAUGGAGGAGCUGGCAGGAAAUGGACCUUGGUCUGAUCUGACAGAAAAUGGACCUGGGUCUGGUCUGACAGGAAAUAAACCUGGCUCUGAACUAAAUGGGAUAAAGCUGGCAAAACCCAUUUCACUUUAAAACAGCUCCAUUUAGUUCUUUUACCAUACAAUAAUGGCUUCAAACUCAUGCCACACUGACUUACAAAAAAGGAGAAUGAAGUCUCUGACAUUGGUAAUGCACCCCCGAAACCCCUGGUAUUGCACCAUAGAUAUUAGAAAGCUAGAUACCGCAUUGUCCAUCGAGUUCUAUUAGGUGGCAUAUGUAAACGCGGCCGCCAUAUUGCUGGGGGCAAUACCUUUGCUGUCUAUGGGCAACACUUGCUGGCAAUCAGAGACACCUGUUUCUCCAUUGGCCUCCAGUGAUUACUGCCCCCACCAAGAUGGCGGCGCUAUUUAUGUACGUUUUGGAGCCCAAUGCCCAAUGGUAUUGCUCUAUGUAAAGUUGUUGUAGUGGGUAGGCGCAUGACCCUUUUUGACAGUUUUAGACGUUAGCAUUAUGGUGUAUCCAGUAUGUUGAAAGGAUGAGUGAAGUCAUCCACCUUAGUCACUAACUUGGCACCCAAGUUAGCACUGCGCAAAGAAAGAGAGCUUUUGGACAUGAAUCACCUUAGAUGCUGUCCAUGUCCCAUGUCUUCCUCUAGCACCCUCAUACAUUUUGAAGUGCUCCUUAACCUUUGUAACAUGAAUAAUUGUGGUUGCCAUUCUUUCAUCCCUCUAACCUCCUGAACACUCACAACUCUAGUAAAUCCCCAUCGAGUAAACCCUUAAGGAUAAACUUCAGGGUUCCGAGGAAGCAAGUGCAGUUAUUGGAAGAAGGCCUGUGUUCCAUAACUUUGUACUUUGCAUGCAGUCAGAUGCUGUAACUGUCGCCUGGUGUCCUUGACCUGUUCAUUGUUUUUCUCCUGUGAGUGUACCGGUUUGUAUACUUUGUGCAGUGAACUGGUGUUAUCUUCACAUGGGAAUCCAGCAUCUGUCACCAUAGACUUCAAAGAACUCUAAAUUCUUGCUGAAACUUGCUGUUCCCACCUGGCUUAGUUUGGUUUUUGCUCUGAGAGGGUCUGAAAGCAGCCUUUACCAUGUAGCAUUUAAAUCCAUGUCCUUGUUUGUUGUGAACAAAACUUAAUAGCAAAGAGAGAGCACUUUGCAUAAUUGUGUAAUUUGCUUUUGUUGUUUUAUAUUUGAUAAAAGAAUGUAAUAUCAAUUUAGUAUUAGGCCCACUGUCAUGUUACGGAUGCCUUGAAUGUGCAUUUUUUUUAAUAUAUUGUAAUGCUGUUAUAGUUGCUUAUGGUUCUACUGUAUAUAACUUCUAUUUUGCUUGUGAAGCUAAAUGUAAAAAUUGGUCAGCUUUAAAUGACAAAAAUCACUUGUUUUUAAAGUUCUGUUAUAUAGCAGUCUAUCAUCACAUUUGUGAAGUUGUGAAGUUUUAAUUAAUUUCCAUGUACAUAUUAUUUACCAAAAAGGAAUAACACAUUAGAAAUAAACAUGAACAGUGUCAUUCCGGUUUCACAUACCAAUGUUUUACAUAUGAAUGCAACAAACUUCAAAGACCAGAAUUGUGUUGUAGGCCAUAACAGUACGGUGUUUCUCUAUGUACAAAUAUGGCAAACACCUUCUUCAUAAAGGCUAAAGCAAAAGGAAUUCAUGUAAUUAAUUCCAUAUAAGGGUGUAACACAGUCAUACCACAACAUUAUUGUUUCAUUUCUGAGACAGUAUCAAAGGAAUCACAAAAUGAAAAGCUUCUGCACAUAAAAUAUCCCAUUUUCAUUGCACUUUCUUAUACUGUACCUCUCACUUUGUUGGUUACACACACACACACACACUUUCACAGCCCCUGUGCUGCGUGUUUGUAUUUCUCCUCUCUCAACUGUCAAGCGCGAUAAACUCUCAUGUGUAUCAGUGAGGAAAGCAGUCGGCUUGGAGAACACAGGGAUUAGACAAAGCUUUUAAGCACCUGGCUGGAUGCAUCAUUUAUACACACGCUGCGUUUCUCUCCGAAAAUAUUUGGUCGGGAUGAAUGGACCUCUGUGUACGUGUGUCU